AUGUCUUCUGCCUACCAAGUCCGCAAGGUCGGCGCUCCAAACACCCUGGAGCACCGCAUCUACAUCGAGAAAGAUGGAGUUCCAGUCUCCCCAUUCCACGAUAUUCCUCUUUAUGCCAAUCAGGAGCAAACUAUCUUGAACAUGGUCGUUGAGAUCCCAAGAUGGACCAAUGGCAAAAUGGAAAUUAGCAAGGAGGAGCUCCUAAACCCAAUUAAGCAGGAUGUCAAGAAGGGCAAACUUCGAUUUGUUCGCAACUGCUUCCCCCACAAGGGAUAUCUCUGGAACUACGGUGCUUUCCCCCAGACUUGGGAGGACCCAAAUGUUGUUCACCCAGAGACCAAAGCCAAGGGAGACAACGACCCAUUGGAUGUCUGCGAAAUCGGAGAGCUGGUUGGAUACCCAGGCCAAGUCAAGCAAGUCAAGGUUCUUGGUGUCAUGGCUCUCCUAGACGAGGAAGAGACUGACUGGAAAGUCAUUGUCAUUGAUGUCAACGACCCAUUGGCACCAAAGCUUAACGAUGUCGAGGAUGUCGAGAGACACCUACCCGGUCUUUUGAGAGCCACAAAUGAAUGGUUCAGAAUCUACAAGAUUCCAGAUGGAAAGCCAGAGAAUCAGUUUGCUUUCACUGGAGAGUGCAAGAACAAGAAGUACGCCACCGAUAUUGUCCGUGAGUGUGCUGAGGCUUGGGAGAAGCUCAUUACUGGAAAGACUCAACCUGGAGACGUCUCUGUUACCAACUUGACCGUCAAGCAAUCUCCAGCUCGUGUUGACCCCAACCAACUCCCCCCAAUCCCACAAAAUGAGAACAUCGCUCCAGCACCAAUUGACCCAAGCAUCGACAAGUGGUUCUUCAUCAGCGGUGCCGCAGCUUGA